GCAGUACGUGCGGGACGCCGUGGUUGGCAGCAUGGGGCUGAAGCCCACGGGCAGGCUCUGCAGUGUCACCAAAGCCCGGGGGCUGCGGGCCUGCAGGGGGAAGUUAAGAGACACCAUCCUGGACUGGGAAGAUUCCCUGCCCGACCGUGACCUCACGCUGGCGGAUGAAGCCUGCAGGAAAGCUGAUCUCUCCAUCACUCUGGGGACCUCUCUGCAGAUCAAACCCAGCGGCAACCUCCCACUGAUCACGAAGAAGAGAGGAGGGAAGCUGGUCAUCGUCAACCUACAGGCAACGAAACAUGAUAAACAGGCUGACCUCCGCAUCCACGCGUACGUCGAUGAUGUGAUGACAAAGCUGAUGAAGCACUUGGGGCUGGAGGUGCCAGAGUGGACGGGGCCCAUGGUGGUGGAACACGCGGAGCUCUCCAAGCCUGAGCAGCUCUGCAGGUUCGAGGCCGGGGCUCGAGGGCCGUGCAAGGAGGAGCUGCUCUCCCAGCACAACGGCACGGGUGGGCUGAGCCCUGACCUUGGGACCAUGCUGGUGGAACGCCGUGACAGCCUGAAGCAUGAGUGUCCCAGCCCGGACAUGGGGCCAACAACAGUGAAGAAGGUGAAGGUGGAGCCUCUCCUCACCUGA